UGCACAGGAUGGCGUGCACAGUAAAGGCCUCAGUGAGGCUGCAGAGACUGUCAGGAGGAGGAGGAAGAGGCUGUGUUUUGGCCAGACAGCAAGUCUUUGUGGCCUCGUGGACAAAGAGGCGUUCUGAGCUCAUGUCGAGUGUCUGUCGUCCCUCUGCGGUCCCAGCGCACAGAAACCGCCAGCCAACGCAGAGCGCAGCUCACAAACAGCCUGAGAGCACCAGGAGGCGACAUGAGGAGCUGCUUCGGCCUGUGUCUGCUCACCUGCUUUGGGAUGCUUGAUGUGGCAUCCGGACUUCGUUGCUAUAAGUGCUCAGAUUACACGGGAGUGUGUCAGAACGUGCAAGAGUGCACGUACGAGGACUCGUGCAUAUCUCUGAGUGAAAGAGGAGGGAAAACCAUCCGUCAGUGUAUCAGGUACACAGACUGCGAUAACUCCCGCCUCAGCCAGAUGUUUCCAUCCAUCUCCGGCUUUAACUACCGAUGCUGCAGCAGCAACCUCUGUAACUCUGGUGCAGGUGUUACCACGGCAAUGCCCAUGCUGGGUCUCCUGGGCUCCUUGCUGAGUAUUUGGUGGUGUUUGUCGUGAAUCUACUAAGUGCACAUUAAGUAUAGGUGAUGUUUAGUGAAGUUAACAUAAAGUAAACUGUUUUCUGUCAGUCGCCUAUUGCACUUUAAGCCGAAAGAAGAAAAACCUUUUUCACAAUAUAUGCUAAUUCUCAUUUAACAUUACAUAUCAGAACAGACAUGUUGUAUUUUUGUAUCACACUCUCAUUCUUGUUGUGUGCUGUUGUCUUUAAUUGUGUCUUUUUCUGUUUCACUCAUGGGUGGAAAUAAAAA